AUGUCGACAGCGGCACAAGAUACUGCCCCGCUUCGGCUACGACAGAGCCUAUACCAGUUCGUCCAAGACGCCUUUGUCGCUGCGAGAGUCUCCACGGACAACUGGCCUCAAACUUACGAAGAUGACGAUGAAGUCAACGCCGCGACCGCGGAAGGGUUCAUUGCCGAGCGUUUGGGCGCUUUGCAGCGAGGGAUCGAGCAGCAGCGUCAAGAAGCCAAGGAAGAAUGUGACAAGUCCAUUCGCAAAGGAAGUGAAGCAAUGAAUGCGCUGGUCAGCCGUGUUGGUGGGGGCGAAGCAGAGUGCACACCUACUAUGGAAGAGUACGGCGCCUGGAUGACAACACGUCGGAUGGUGAUCGAGGAAGGAAUCAACAAUCUCGACAAGACUGCCAACGACGCCGUCAGCGCGUGCAAGCGGACAACUUCGACGGUCGAUGAUAUCUUCCAGGACCUAUUCCACGCGAACAAAGUCGAUAAGCCGGAAUGGAAGAUCAGCAAGGCAGUCCACAAGGCCACGAAAUUGGAGGAAAUCGAAGCAGCCGACGACGCGGUUGCAUUCUUCCGGUCGCUGCCCGCCAAGUUGGCGCUGGGUAUAGUCGACCAGGAAAACUCUUCCCUACGUCUGAAAAACGAAGUGCUACAGCUCAAGCUCGACCGAAAUCGCAUCGUCUCAGAUCACACGGAGUUCGUUCGAAGCGUAUACGAGGAUAUGGGACUGGAUGUGAGUCAGUGGAGGCCUCCUACGAACGAAGAUGAUGCAGCUGUCUUCAAGUCUUGGCUUCAGGAACGACAGAUCGAAUUCGCCAGCAGGUGGAAAGCAGAAACCAAGGCUCGUGAGGAGGCUGAUGAGGACUUCCAGCACUACAACUACGGCGUACUCAUCCAAUGGAUAGGACGUAAGUUCUGGGACCGCAUACAAGGAAUGCAAUUACGACUCGACAAAGACGCCAAACUGGAGCCCUUCGAUAUUGACGAGACGUUUUCUUCGUGGGAAGUCAACAGGAACAAUAUCAAGGUAAUGUCAGAGUGGCUUGACGACGCUGGCGUCUGGGUUGAGAACAUCAUCCGAGAGAGAUCUUCCGAUGCGAUGAUCAUCCUUGGUCAGCGGCGGAAGUGGCGGACCGUUGCUGAAGACGCGGUCGAUCGGAUGGAGAAUAUGCGACGCACUAUCGCGAUGGCGAAGAAGGCUGUGUUCAGGCAGUAUAAGACUAUCGCUCAGCUUCGUACUGCUUCCACGUAA